AAUGCAAUAAUAAAAAUAUUUAGGUACACCAAUAUUAAUUUUUCAAUGAUAUUUUUGUUAGAAAAUAAAUUUUAGGUAUGACAUAAAAUAUAAAAAUAUAUAGAUACUAAACUAUUAUUUGUCAACAAUUCAUGAAUCAAAUCUAUAAACUCACCAAUCCAAUUGAAUUUGAAUUAAAUAUAUUGAAUUAAUUGUCUAUUUUAAAUUGUAAGUUGAAUUAACCUAGUGGAUUUGAUACAAAAUUUCACCUACAUUAAAACAAGAUUUUUUUAAACGAAGUACAAAAUUUCUUUAAUGGGUUAAACAGUUAACCAAUAUAAAUUAUUAUUAUUAUUAUUGCAUAAGAAAAAGUCUCAGCAUCAAUCCAUAAUUUAUAUAAUGAAUAAACAUACAAAAAAUAAAAAUAAUAAUUAACUCUUAACAUAAAUACAUGCAAUGAAGCAUCCAAUAAGCAGAUUGUUACUCAAAGUAUGAUUGAUUUCAGAGGCGGGAUAAGGGAUGUGGAACUAAUUGACCAUAAGGUUGCUGGGAAUUGGUUUACAUGGUCGAACAAGCAACAGGCAAACCCAAUUGCAAGAAGGAUUGACAGGGUGUUAGUAAAUGAAGUUUCGUUGGAGAGAUUCAGCAAUAGUUCAACAAGCUCUAACCCCCCAGGAGUGUCUGAUCAUUGUGGCAUAGUUCUAGAUACAAAUCCUAAGUUGAAUACACUUCCUAAGCCAUUCAAGUAUUUUUUAUUCUGGCAAUCCAAUCCUACAUACUUGGACAUUAUUAAGCAAGCAUGGCAGAAGCAGGUGACUGGCUAUCCAUAUUACAUUUUGUAUGGGAAGUUACAGAGUGUCAAGCAGGGUCUUAAGAAGCUUAAUAGAGAUGAAUAUUCAGAUAUUACUGGCAGAGUGAAACAGGCAACAAUUGCUUUGGAAGUUGCUCAAAUGGCAGUAUUGACUGAUCCAAAGGAGGAGCAUGUAAAAGCAGAAAAAGAAUUUUGUUUGGAGUAUACGGCAUUAAAAAAAGCUGAGGAGCUAUAUUAUAAGCAGAAGGCUAGAAUGAGGGCAAUUAAAGAAGGGGGACUCUAACACGUCUUAUUUUCAUAAGACAGUAAAGGUCAAGACUCAGAAGCAGCAUAUCACUCGUAUGAUUAAUGACCAGGGAGAAAUCAAAACCGAUGUGGCAAGUAUUGGGCAGAUUGCCGUGGAUUCUACACUCAAUUGAUAGGUACGGUGGAUCCUAAUGUGGAACAACAAUCAAUUUGAUAUUAUCAAGGACUCCUGCAACACAAAUUAUCAUCUGAUGAGAGGGCUAUGUUAAUGAAGGGGAUCACAUGAGCUGAAAUAAAACAAGUGUUUCGAUCGCUUGGUAAAGACAAAGCUCCUGGACCAUAUGGGUUUCCAAUAGAAUUCUAUAAGGCACACUGGGACAUUAUUGGAAAGAGGUGGAAGAGGUAAUACUUUCUUUCUUUUCUUUUGGAAUCAUGCCAUCGAUUGUGAAUAGUACCAUCUUUACUUGGGUAGCUAAGUUGCCUUGCUUAGAAAAAAUGAAGGAUUUCAGACCAAUUUCUUAUUGUAAUACCCUGUAUAAGGGAAUAUCUAAACUACUAUCCAAUAGGCUUGCAUUCGUUCUUCCUAGCUGAUAAGCCGUUAAUUGCACAUGUUUUUACCCCUAUUCUGGAGCCGUUUGGGAUGGUAAUUCUCGUGUUUUAGGCCUAUUUUACGCUAGGUUGUGUUCCUUUGUCACAUUUCAGGCCCUAGCACAUAAAGUGAAGCGUAGGCGCAAGUUUCAAAUGAAUCGGAGAUCAUUUUGACAAUUCGGGAGAAGAAACACGAGCAUGACCUGAGGAAUAAUGGAUUUCUACCUCAUAUUAUGGACAAAUUAUCAUGGAAGUUUGUUAUGAAAAGAAAGAGGACGAGACUACGAGCGUCUGGGUUCAAACGGCGACUGAUUUGGAGUCCGGACGAGGGAGAAACGAAGCUUUGAACAGGAGCGGGAGAAGAAUUACGGGCAAGAGAAUUACGACCGUAUUUUCACCUCCCAUGCCCGUAUUUUCACUGCCGAGAGGAGAUUUGGGUGCGCUGAAACUUAACCAAAAUGCGUGUUUUGAGCAAAAUACGGGCAUGGAAGAAUUACGACCGUAAUUCAGCCCGUAAUUCGCCCAGAAUCGGGUUUUUGGGGCCAAUUUCGAGCCAAGGGAGAGGGAGAGCUGGGUUUUGGAUCCCAAACACCCAAGGGAUGAAACCUAGAGAGAGAGAGCGACUGGGGAACACUCUUGGAGCUAUUUUGGAGGAUUUCUUCGCCAUUGGAGCUCGGGAAUCAAGCUUGGAGAUGGAGAUUGAAGAUCUAGAUCAGAUUUCUGCAGUCUCUCUCUUCUCUAUGGAGUAACUUCCCUUCACUUAGGUUUUGAGGAACCCUAGUUCCAUGAGUUAGGAUCUUUCUUGUAUGAAGUUUUGGAUGCUAUAUUGUUUGAUUAUAAUCGAAUGAUGCAUGUUUAUUGAGUCAAUUGAAGUCUGAUAAACUUUUCCUGAUUUCUGCUGCAACCUGAGAUAGAUAGAAUCUGAUUAGGUUGUUAGAGCCUCAUCAUUCGGUAGCAGGAGAUUGGCUAUACGAGAGUUAGCCAGUUUAAUGCUUUGUACUGGAAUCCAAUUCCAGUAGUGGAGUUCUGUUCUUACUGCUUCAGCUUUCUAUCCCGGUGAAGACUAGUCGUCUGUCGGGUAGUUAGACUGAGAGGGCUUGGUCAGCUUAAGAGAUUCCAAGCUACUGUCGGAUCUUCCACAGUUUAAUCAACAGUAAAACAACCAAAAGGAAUUACAACUUGGACCUAAUUGAGGAGCUAGGGGGAAUCAUACCUAAGUGAGUUCCCAAACUGUAAUUAGUAGUUUUACUUAGUUUAGUUAGUAGAGUAGUUUAGUUAAUCAAUCCUUAAUCUAGUUUGCUAGAUAAUGAACUGAAGCUGAGUAA